AAAACUUAAAGGCAAUACAAAACAGCAAUUUUCCUUAGACACGCCACAAUUAGCUUUAAUGCAUUUCUUAUUACCAGUUGUUGUCCCCUUUGUGAUGAUAAAAGAAAAACACUUUCUCCUUUACGAAUGACACAUUUUUGGGCUCAUAUUUCGUUUGGUUCAUCGAUCAAAAGUGCGUGGGCGUGUUAUUUUUAAAAAACACAUAUUUGUUGUUAAAACAAAACUAACCUUGGUCCCUUUUUCUUUGGCCCAAACAAUGCGGUGUGACUGCAUUCCAAAAAGUCAAAAGUGUAUGAAACUGCAGUAUUGACUAGUUCGUCAGCAAUUUUUGAGCCCAAAAACCAGUAGUUUUAGGGAAAAUGGCCUGCAUGUCGGACAUUGAUUUAGCCACCUUGCACGAUAUUCAUUUGGAUCAGCGCUGGCAAUACGGAUUGCCAAAUAGUGAUCACAUUUACCAUCAUCAUGAGGGAUUUAGUCCCAUGACACGACUCUGUCUGGAGCGGAAUAUGCAGAAGAAGGUGCAGCGCGACAUGAACGGAAAUUGCCUGGCGCGAGGUCGGUCUCGAGAAAAUGCCAACGGAAGUGGAUUAGCGUCAGGUGGGAAGCGCAGACGUUCCGGCACCUGGCCGCGCACUCGCAGUUUGAAUGCCCCUUCACCUGUCCAGCAAUUCGGACCAUGUGGACGCAUCAUGAAAAACUCAGCCAUGGUGAUGCAGAUCCAGGAUCCGGCUAGUCAGCGUCUAACCUGGUAUAAGCCACCACUUACUGUGCUGGUGAUUAAGAAGGUCAGCGAUGCCUCGGUGCUGGCGCCGUUCGUCCAAUUGGUGGAUUGGCUGCUGCAGGAGAAGAACAUGGUGGUCUGGGUUGAGUCAGCCGUGCUGGAGGAUGCGCUACUCAACGAUAAUCUUCGAUUCAAGUCUAUUCGUGAUAAGCUGGUGACAUUUAAAGAUGGUCGCGAUGAUCUGACCGACCGUAUCGACUUUAUAGUCUGUCUUGGAGGCGAUGGCACUCUACUAUAUGCCUCCCUUCUCUUCCAGCAAUCUGUGCCCCCUGUCAUGGCGUUCCAUUUGGGCUCCUUGGGCUUCCUAACACCCUUCCGCUUCGACAAUUUUCAGGAGCAGCUCACCAGUGUCCUGGAAGGUCAUGCUGCCCUAACACUUCGUAGUCGUCUGCGCUGUGUGAUGCAUCGCCGUGGCGAAAGAAAACACGAGGCGAAGACACUGGAGAUAGAUCCUGAUGGAGAUGCCCGACCUGUGGCCAACAGCAUCCUGGUGCUUAAUGAAGUUGUGAUAGAUCGGGGUCCCUCCCCCUAUCUUAGUAAUAUUGACUUGUUCCUAGACGGCAAGUACAUAACGUCUGUGCAGGGCGAUGGCCUGAUUGUAUCGACGCCAACGGGAAGCACGGCUUAUGCAGCAGCAGCCGGUGCCUCCAUGAUUCAUCCCUCCGUGCCCGCUAUUAUGGUGACUCCCAUCUGUCCGCAUUCGCUAAGCUUCCGACCCAUUGUGGUGCCAGCAGGGGUAGAACUGAAGAUAUCAGUUUCCCCCGAAAGCCGCAACACCUCGUGGGUUAGCUUCGAUGGACGCAAUCGGCAGGAGCUUUUCCAUGGCGAUAGCCUACGCGUGACGACCUCUGUAUAUCCUGUACCCUGUAUCUGUGCCCAGGAUCAGAUAUCCGACUGGUUCGCAUCCCUCGCUGAUGGUCUGCAUUGGAAUGUGCGUAAGCGACAGAAGUGCCUGGAUGAACUAUCGGAUCUCACGGCUUCCGGAUCGGAGGACAUGCUGGACGAGAUUGAUAAUAUGAAAUUGUAUGAUGUGUAGUGCGUAAGUCUCCUAUUGCUGAUCGUGGACAUAGGUUACGGCUUAUAGUAGUAGUCUAGUCUAUUGCCCUUUAUUUAGUGUGUAAUUUUGUAGUAUUUUCCAAGUAUCUAUUACGAAGCCAUUGAUUAAGCACACUCUUUUUACUCAAUGUAAACCCACUGCUCUUCAGAAGGGUAUAUUUAUAUAUAUAUAUAUAUAGAUAUAUUUAAAUGCUGUCAGUAAAACGUAAUAAGUUGUUUUAGAGAGCAUUGAUAUGCGAAACUCGAAUCCUUGAAAAACAAAUCAAUAAAGCACAUAUUUAGUUAAAUU